GCAGGUGCCCGGCCGGCCUUCCUGGCGGCGGGCGGCGGCGGCGGCCCUGCGGAGCCAUGGGCGGCUCGGGGCCGGCCUGGCGGGACUCGCUGCCCUACUACUACUGCGUCAAGUUCGCGCUCUCGGCGUCCUCCACCCUCUUCUCGAUGGUCGGCCUUGUCAUCUUCUGCGUGGGCAUUUAUGCCGAAGUGGAAAGGCAGAAGCACCGGACCCUGGAAGGGCUCUUCCUGGCCCCAGCCGUCAUUCUCAUCCUCCUGGGCCUCACGAUCUUUGCCGUUUCUUUUAUUGGCAUGGUGGGAUCCCUCCGAGACAACCAGACGCUGCUGAAAACCAUGAACGCAGCGUUCCAUUCCAGCAUUCAGGAUGGAAUAAGACACUACUAUGACGACUUGGAUUUCAAAAAUAUUUUGGACUAUGUUCAGCAAAAGUUUUCCUGCUGUGGAGGUGAUGAAUUCAGUGACUGGCAUGUGAAUCCAUACCACUCGUGCAACAGCAGUGGCCCUCUGGCCUGUGGAGUGCCCUACACCUGCUGCGUCAGGAAGGCGCCAGGAGAAGUCAUCAACACCCUGUGUGGAUACCGGACACUCAACCAAGAGCGACUGGAGCUGGUGGACACGAUCCAUGUCCGCGGCUGCAUCCACGCAGUGAGCUUUUGGUUCAAAGACAAUUUUGAAUCCACUCUAGCCAUUGUUUGCUCUCUGCUCCUUCCUCAGGUCUUCGCCUUGGUGAUGGCCUGGCUGCAUUGGCAGAAGCUGAAUGAGAUUCAUUCCCAGAUGGACACCGUGGACUUCAAGCAACUAGACUGGAGCGACUUCAAUUUUGCCGCGCUGGACCUCACGGGAGCCGGCUGGUGCUGGUGCUUGCCCCGAGAAGGUGGCUAUAUCCCCGUCUGCAACCGAGACGAGGAGAGCGAGGCCGAGGCUGCCGCCACCAGCCGCCACAGCCCAGUGUGAAGCCUCCGGCCGCUUGCAGCGCCCACUCCGAAGAAAGAGCCGAGGCUUGGGGCUCCUAAGCCAAGAGGUCUGUGGGUGACCUGUGGCCUUCUGAGACCGAUACCCAACCACCCCGUCAUUGUCUUUGCAUUCGAGGUUGAGUUUAAAAUUCAAGUAGGUUUUUCCAGUUUGGGGACUCUGAACUUUUAAUGUCUUUUUAUUAUUAUUUUUUUAAAAAACUGAAAAUAUAGAAGCUUUUUUAUUUUAUAAUUCUUAGAUUUUAGAACUUUAGUAGAAAAAAGAAUCCUGGGUAUUUUUUACACCAGGUGGUUAAAAUAUUGCCCCUGAAUUUUCCUACAUAUUACCUAGUAGAUGGUCCAAUUGUUAACACUCGUUUCAAAUCCAAUUAAUGCUUUUAUUUCCAUAAAAGUCUCCUGAUGACUUUAAAGCAGUUUUUUCAGGACAAAAACCCAACCAGUCAAGAAUCUUGUAGUGCUGACAAUCCCAGUGUUUUCCAUUUUACAGACUACAGUACUAAUACCACCAUCAAAAAAUUCUGAUGACUGAAAAGCAAGAAUUUGGUGUGAUAGGUAAUGAUAUAUAUGGAUCUCCAAAAUGAAAUAAAUCUUAUGUUCCCAUUUGAAAGAUUGCAAAACAUUUACAGAUGUGGCAAUCCCACAUUUUUCGCCCCUUUGAAAAUUAACCUUUAUUCUGGCUCUCUCCCAGAGCGUUCACAUGUGAUAGAAGCCUUGGGUCACCAAAAUGGGCCGUGAGUAGCGUAAUGUAACCAAUCGGAUGCAGCUUAGGGACCCAGUGGAUCCACAGUGAACAGGUGUUGGAGGACAAAGCGUAUCGUUACCUUCACUGAACUUGAGCAGAGGGCCUGAAAAAGAGGCACGUUCUGCAUUGAUGGAAAUUUCACAGCAACACAGGGGGUUAAAUAAAUAGCGGCCUAUCCUAAUGGCCCUUGAAAAAAGCCCCGUACUGACUUGUAAAAUCUUGUUCUUUUCUAGUCACCCUGGUUUUGAAUUUUGCUAUGUAUAUUCUUUGCUUCUUUUUUUCAUGAUUUUUGUAAGCCCCGAUUUGUAAUCAGGAUACCUUGGGAGUAUAGUGACUACAAUUGUUCAAUUGACUGAUCAGUUGAUUGAUUGAUUGAUUGAUUGAUUAAAUAAAUAAAUAAGUGGUU